AUGGCAAAAGGUUCAAAGCAAAAGGUAUAUGAAGAACCCGAAGACGAGCAGUACAUCGUCGUGACCGACCCUUUCCGCAUGCCGAGAUCAAAUCGCACUCAACGCCAUGUCGAAGAGACAGCUGCAUGGCUUCAACGAGUAUUCGACACUAAGAACGGGAUUAUCUCUAUAUUCAUUAUGGGUACCAAAACGGAGAUUAUCGUGUCCAUGGAGAAGGACAUUGAUGUGAUGCCCGCUCUGGGACAACACAGAUGGGGUGCAUUCGCACCUCGGCUGACUCCCGCAGAUGCGGACAGGGUGUCGUGUAUAUUCCAGUAUAACUACAGGUUACGUGGUGAUCCCGCCUCCCAUCAAUGGAAACCCAUGUACCCAGAACGACAACUAGAUCUCCACCUCGUAUCUCCCUAUCCUCCACCGACGUGGUGUGAACCUACCGCAAGUAUCGCGCCGUUGGUGCUUCUUCCACCACGGCCUGUCGACCCGGCCCCAGCAGGGAUUCGCCACGGAAACAAUGCAUCAUCACAGACGUCUCCACCAUCACAGAUGUCUCCGCCUGCACAGGAACGCAACAUACCCCAACCGACAGCAGCACGUUCACCUAACCCUCACGCGUUUACGCCAUAUCAACGUCCAGCCCAGCUCCCUCAGCGCGUCCAAGACGGUGGUGAAGGUCCGAGUUCAGCCGCGGGACAAGUCAAGAGAGAGAUCAAACAGGAGUCAUCCUUGCCAGCUCUGUCAAAGAAAUAUGACCCCUAUGAAGAAGAGGAUGCUGCCUUCGAUGUGUUGCGGGAAAACCUGGAGGAAACAAAGGAGGAGCCGCGAGAUUCCUCCCUCCCUGAUGCUACUAUCAAGCCCGAUCCUGAUAUAAAUGGAGGCCGUCGCCAUGGGUCAAAGGACGAUUACAGACCAUCCAACGCCCUGCUCGACGCGUUCAGGCAACUAUCGCAGAAUACAGCUGCGGAUGAUAAUGGGUCAUCGCCUAUUGUGAAAGCUGAGGCCGAACUACCUGGUUUCGGCUCUAACCCUGCGCUGGGAUAUGAGCCAUCACCAUCGUUGAUUGAUGCAUUGAGCCGACUGGUAGAGAAUGCUCCCACUAUUAACAAUCUCAAGCGUCCUAAAUCAGAAGACGAUGACGAGAGCGAAACGAAGUUGAAGAAGCGAGUGAAAGAGGAAAUGCAAUAA